GAGGAUCUAACACGACUUCACAAUUAAAAGAUGACGAGCUAACCUCUACUUGUGUUCAUGUGGUUUUAUAUUAGUACUAAAUAGUACCAAGUAAUGCACAACCUCACUUGCUUUUUCUCUUUCUUUCUCUAAUGUUUCUCUCUCUCUAUCCGUUUAGCUUGUGUUGUUUGUGACCUGUUCCACCCAUUUCCCCAAAAACACACACAAAGCAGGAAGAUAAAAAGAUUCGUGUGAUCUUCGCAUUGUGCUGCUGCUGCUGCAGGUGAUUUGAUUUCACACUCACUCCUGAUUAGUCAUCUUUACCACCAUUUCUCUCUCUCGCCAGAAAAUGCAUUGAUUGCGCAACCUCCAUUCCAUAACCAGAAAAAAUGCGCAAAGCGCUUUCACAUGACGACCACGACGACGUGAAGAACAACAAGCCAGAGAAGCAAAUCACAAAAGACACGCGAAAACCGUCUCAGUUUCCGCCGCCGGCAACGGUGGCCGGCCGGAACCGGAGGGUAACUCCGACGGGAUUUGAGCUUGAGAGCGAGAGGCUCUUACCGAACGGCGAUUUCUACAUGGGAAGCUUCUCCGGGAACGUGCCGAGUGGAUCAGGGAAGUAUCUAUGGACCGAUGGGUGCAUGUACGAGGGAGAGUGGAAGCGCGGGAAGGCUUCAGGGAAAGGGAGAUUCUCGUGGCCUUCUGGUGCGACCUACGAGGGGGAAUUCAAAUCGGGGAGGAUGGAAGGGUUUGGAACGUUCACCGGAUCCGACGGCGACACCUACCGUGGGUCGUGGAGCUCCGAUAGGAAGCACGGGUAUGGCCAGAAGCGGUACGCGAACGGCGAUGUUUACGAAGGGUGGUGGCGGAGGAAUCUGCAGGAAGGGAGAGGGCGGUAUGUGUGGAAGAAUGGGAAUGAGUAUGUUGGGGAGUGGAAGAAUGGUGUGAUGAGUGGGAAGGGGAUUUUAAUUUGCUCUGAUGGGAAUCGGUUUGAAGGGCAAUGGGAGAAUGGGGUUCCUAAAGGGGAAGGGGUUUUCACUUGGCCUGAUGGUGGUUGCUAUGUUGGGUGCUGGAACAAGGAUUUCAAGAUGCAUCAGUUGAAUGGUGGUGGUGGUGGUGAUGAUUUGAUGGUGACGAUGAGGAAGAGAUCUUCAUUCAAUGAUAAGGAGUUUCAGAAGAUUUGUAUAUGGGAAUCUGAAGGGGAAGAAGGUGAUAUAACCUGUGACAUAAUUGAUAAUGUGAAAUUGUUGUACCGGGAUGAAGCCUCAAAAGAGAUUCUCAACUUUCGCCGGAACCCUUGUGGUUUGAACGCGGAGGUGAAGAGGCCGGGGCAAACUAUAUCCAAGGGGCAUAAGAAUUAUGAUCUGAUGCUUAAUCUGCAAUUGGGUAUUAGGUACUCUGUUGGGAAGGAAGCUUCCAUUUCGCGCGAGGUUAGACCGGGUGAUUUUGAUCCUAAGGAGAAGUUCUGGACGAGGUUUCCAGCUGAAGGAUCUAAGAUCACUCCACCACAUCAAUCAGUGGAGUUUCGCUGGAAGGAUUACUGCCCUAUGGUUUUCAGACAAUUGAGGAAGCUGUUUCAGGUGGAUCCUGCUGACUACAUGUUAGCUGUAUGUGGUAAUGAUGCCCUCAGGGAACUUUCCUCUCCUGGGAAAAGUGGAAGUUUCUUCUACUUGACCCAAGAUGACAGGUUUAUGAUAAAGACAGUGAGGAAAUCCGAAGUCAAGGUACUUCUUCGGAUGCUUCGGAAUUACUAUCAACAUGUUUCUCGUUAUCAGAAUUCACUUGUGACAAAGUUCUAUGGAGUGCACUGUGUCAAACCAAUAGGAGGCCAAAAGACCCGGUUCAUUGUGAUGGGCAAUCUUUUCUGCUCAGAAUAUCCAAUCCAUAGACGAUUUGACUUGAAAGGAUCUUCUCAUGGCCGUGUCACAAAUAAGACUGAAGAGGAGAUUGAUGAAACUACCACCCUUAAGGACCUGGAUCUCAAUUUUGCAUUUCGUCUCCGAAGACAUUGGUUCCAGGAUCUCAUCAAACAAAUUGAGCUGGAUUGCGAGUUCUUGGAAGCCGAGGGAAUUAUGGAUUACAGUCUUCUGGUUGGCCUUCAUUUUCGUGAUGAUAAUAAAUAUGACCAGAUGGGACUGUCACCAUUUCUUUUGCGCACCGGCAAACAAGAUUCUUAUCAGAGUGAAAAGUUCGAGCGUGGUUAUCGCUUCCUGGAAGCAGAGCUACAGGAUAGGGACCGAGUAAAAUCUGGCCGGAAGUCAUUGAUUAGGUUAGGAGCCAAUUUGCCUGCUAGAGCAGAGCGCAUGAUUCGGAGGAGUGAUUUUGAUCAAUACACCAAUGUUGGUAUCAAACAUUUAACCCCUUAUCGCAGCGGGGAGACUUACGAUGUUGUUCUAUACUUUGGUAUUAUUGACAUUUUGCAAGAUUACGAUAUCAGUAAGAAGCUGGAGCAUGCAUACAAGUCCUUGCAGGUUGAUGACCCUUCAUCAAUCUCAGCUGUUGAUCCAAAGCUCUACUCCAAGAGGUUCCGUGAUUUUGUGGGAAGAGUAUUCAUUGAAGACCGGUAGCAACGAGUGAAAAACGAAGCUGAAGUAUUCUCAUGAUGGUUCGAGGUAUCUUAUUGAUCUGAAUAUCCAGAACAAAGAUAGCUGGAAAUUGAAUCUGUUGUCAGAGUGGUGGGGCUUGCAGUUGAUUGUUUGGUGAACAGGUCACCCUUUCUGUGGCUAUCUACUCGUUUGGAUGCAAACAAAAAAGCACAUAUUGAAGUUUUAUUUAGUGCAUUUUGUAGUAGAUCACUUCAAUCAACUCCAGUAAGCCCGUUUGGAUACGGGCUGUAUGUGAAUGAAAAAGCUCGCGCGGGUGCUGGGUUUGUGGCUCAAAUUUGAAGAUACUAUCAUUAUGGUGGGGUAUUAAGGUGGGGGGAUCUUUGGAGAUGGAGGUAAUCUGUCUUGUUCUCUUGGUUUUUCCGUCUAAAGGGGUGGUGGGAAUUGUGGAUUUUUUUUGUGGUCACUGGUCACAAAGUAAGAUAUGAAUAUGACUUUGAAAAAUGAUAGGUAGAGUAGGCAUGAAAAUGUUUUCUUGAGAUUGGACACAAUGCGUGGAUAGUUUGUACUUGGUAACAAAGAAAGUGUACAGUUCUUAUAGAAAGGAUACAUAGUGGAAGGCUAAUUUAUAUUUUUGAACUUGAACAAUAUCUUACCUAGUUUGGGAGGUUUUGGAGUGAUGGUUAUGAAAUGUAUGGCUAGUGUUGUGGCUCUUUGGGAUCUCUUGUUGUCUCUCCCACACCACCAAAGUAUCUUUUUUAAUGUAAAUAAAUGUGACUUUAUUCA